UAAUGCUUCGUUUAUGAAGAAGUCGAUACUUUGUAGAGACUUGACGGGACGUUACCAUCAUAUUCGUAAAUCAUACUUUUCAACAUCGUUAGGGGAGGAUGAUGAUGGAAUUGAAUUAAACUAUUAUACACCUUCAAGUAAUUUGAAAAAUGGAGCACUUACCGAUGAAGAACAAGGAAAUGAUGAUCAAUUCGAUAGCAACUCUGCUCCAUUGUGGUAUAAAGUAUUGACAAAUGUAAAAACUGAUAUUGAUUCCAUCAAAAAGUUUAUGGAACAACUCUCACAAAUGCAUAAACAACAUUGUACCUUUAGUGUAAAAAAGAGCAAUAAUUUUGCAGAGGAAGAAAGAGAAAUUGAAAUUCUAACUGAUGAUAUUAAACGAUUAUUUGUCAGAUCAAAACAGUUCAUAGAGCGUAUUGUAUUGCCAGCCAAACCUACAAGUCAAGAAGAUAUAAUUAAAAAGAAUACAAAAUCGGCUCUUGUUAUGGAAUUGAACGAACUUUCCAAAGCAUUCCGUGAACAACAACAAGAUUAUUUACAAAAAUUAAAAGCACUCAAGCAAAGAAGACAAAAUGUAAUGAUUUACAAAGAUAAUGGAAGUGGAGCUGAAACAUUGGAACAAAAGCAAUUCGAUCCAGGCUUUACGGACGAACAGAUCAAAAUGUUAAUUGAUAAUGAAAUGGAAAAUAUUAGAAGAGACAAGGAACUGAGAGAAAUUUUGACAUCAAUAGUUGAACUGAACGAACUUUUCAAAGAAUUUUCAUCACUCGUUGUAGAGCAAGGAACUUUACUUGAUCGUAUUGAUCGUAAUAUUGAAGCAACUUUCGAACAUGUCAGUCAAGGAAAUAAGGAAUUGGAGCAAUCCGAAAAGUACCAAAAAUGUGGAGCAAUGGCUCUAGCAAUCCUCAUUUUGGGUGUUGUCUUAUUGUUGGCUAUUAUUGCUUUGGUGUUGAAAUUUGUAAUUACUUUUGCUGUCCCAUUCUAA